AAUACAAGGCAGAAGAGAAAAGCACUGUCAUUUCCGAACAGCACAGUGCUAGAGUAAAUUCAGUGUGAAAAAGGAAGGAGUUGCAGCGUGUCAGAAUUCUUCCUCUGGAGCCGGGAUUAUUACAGGAAAAGCAUGUGAAGGAUUUUUAAGGAGAGAAUUUUAAAAAACUCUUUGAAAUGGAGUACUUGGAGCAUUAUAAGGACAACUGAUGUUUGAAUGCUAGAAAGACUGGAGGAAUUUUUCCAAAAUGAGCAUUGUUAUGAAGCCAAGAUCCCGGUCUACCAGCUCCUUAAGGACUGUCGAGGCAAUGUGUUUCGAUGUGGACAAUGGUACGUCAUCGGGACGAAGUCCCUUGGAUCCCAUGACGAGCCCUGGAUCAGGGCUAAUUCUUCAGGCAAAUUUUGUCCACAGUCAACGUAGGGAGUCUUUCCUUUACCGGUCAGACAGUGACUAUGAUCUUUCUCCGAAGUCUAUGUCAAGGAACUCCUCUAUUGCCAGUGAUAUACAUGGAGAUGACUUGAUUGUGACACCAUUUGCUCAGGUGCUGGCCAGCCUGCGUACCGUACGGAAUAACUUUGCUGCAUUAACCAAUUUACAAGAUCGGGCACCCAGCAAACGGUCACCAAUGUGUAACCAACCAUCUAUUAACAAAGCAACUAUAACAGGAAUAUUUGUAAUGCAGAUUGUGCAGUCUUUCCUGCUGAAAAUAUUCUUCUGGUCAUACUGUUCUCAGAGUUCAUGUCAGUGAGUAUCCAGAGUAAUGCACUAGACAGGACCCACCACAUCACCCAGAUGGCACAGAUUGCAAUCUCAGUGAGAAACAACCAUGAGCCUUACAAUCUGGGUGACUGGAAGAUGCAGUUUUACUAAACAAUGUCAAUGCUGAAACAGAAUUAUACACAUAAGGUGGAAGGUUUAACUUGCUAAGAGUUAUCUUCCAGGAAAAGCAGAAGUGAAGCAAGGGCGACCAUUGCAGAUGGUAUGGGGAAGAUGAAAAGGGAAAGAUAAAAAUGGAUUAAGUAAAGCAAAGUAACAGAAAUAGCAAGAGAAAAAUUCUCCCGCAGUGAUCAGAAAGUAUUUUCUGCUAUUUUAAGAAUUUGUCUCAAGGUAGAAACGUGGGAGAAAAUGCAGUAGUGAAAAAUAGGAAACUGGAGUUCAUAGCUUCUUAUUGGACUUGAGUUGUAGCCUUUACAGGCAUUGCUCUGGAUCUUAAAUCCAGCAGAAAUUGGUAUCAUUUUUAUUGAAUUGAGCUUCUUGCAUGUUUUUCAUAGUCUUUGUCUAACACAAUUCAUGGUUGGUACACAUUAGCUACAGACUUCCCAGGGAAAUUUAUGGUUUUGAAGCAUAAUCUGCCAGUCUUUGGUAUAGUUUUUAUUUUAUUACACUGGAUAUAUAAUAAAUCAUUAUUUAAUAAUUACACCAUUUUAAUUAAUUAAACAGUGUUUAGGCUGCUGUCUUGAAGUAUCAUGCACUUAAACAUCUCUUGGACAAGUUAAGCAUCUGUAUUUAAACAGGCUGUAAUCCUUCUGAAUACAUGCAGACGGACAUAUGGGAAAAAAGUAAAGGUUAUAGAUGAAAAUAAAGAUAUUGUUACUGUAUGGUGCUGGAAAUGAUCAUUUUGAUG